AUGCCUGUGCUGCCCUGUGCUGCCUGUGCCUGUUGCUGCCUGUGCCUGUGCUGCCCGUGCCUGUGCUGCCCGUGCCUGUGCUGCCCGUGCCUGUGCUGCCUGUGCCUGUUGCUGCCCGUGCCUGUGCUGCCCUGUGCUGCCUGUGCCUGUUGCUGCCUGUGCCUGUGCUGCCCGUGCCUGUGCUGCCCGUGCCUGUGCUGCCCGUGCCUGUGCUGCCUGUGCCUGUUGCUGCCCGUGCCUGUGCUGCCCUGUGCUGCCUGUGCCUGUUGCUGCCCGUGCCUGUGCUGCCCGUGCCUGUGCUGCCCGUGCCUGUGCUGCCUGUGCCUGUUGCUGCCUGUGCCUGGUGCUGCCCGUGCCUGUGCUGCCCGUGCCUGUGCUGCCCGUGCCUGUGCUGCCUGUGCCUGUUGCUGCCCGUGCCUGUGCUGCCCUGUGCUGCCUGUGCCUGUUGCUGCCUGUGCCUGUGCUGCCCGUGCCUGUGCUGCCCGUGCCUGUGCUGCCUGUGCUUGUUGCUGCCUGUGCCUGUGCUGCCCGUGCCUGUGCUGCCCGUGCCUGUGCUGCCCGUGCUUGUGCUGCCUGUGCAUGUUGCUGCCUGUGCCUGUGCUGCCCGUGCCUGUGCUGCCCGUGCUUGUGCUGCCCGUGCCUCUGCCCGUGCCUGUGCUGCCCGUGCCUGUGCUGCCCGUGCCUGUGCUGCCUGUGCCUGUUGCUGCCCGUGCCUGUGCUGCCCUGUGCUGCCUGUGCCUGUUGCUGCCUGUGCCUGUGCUGCCCGUGCCUGUGCUGCCCGUGCCUGUGCUGCCCGUGCCUGUGCUGCCUGUGCCUGUUGCUGCCCGUGCCUGUGCUACCCUGUGCUGCCUGUGCCUGUUGCUGCCUGUGCCUGUGCUGCCCGUGCCUGUGCUGCCCGUGCCUGUGCUGCCCGUGCUUGUGCUGCCUGUGCCUGUUGCUGCCCGUGCCUGUGCUGCCCUGUGCUGCCCGUGCCUGUGCUGCCUGUGCCUGUUGCUGCCCGUGCCUGUGCUGCCCUGUGCUGCAUGUGCCUGGUGCUGCUCGUACCUCGCGCUCGCGCCCUCGUGCGCUCUGCUACUCUGUCGCUGA